UGAGAUCUUCACUGCCGCGUACAUAUGCCAUGCUUCAGGACAUCGCAUAGUUAAGAUGAUAAGAUACUGUGGCCUAUCGCUCAGCCUCUUACCUUACAUUUUAACAAGCGAAAGUGCUUCGCAACUUCGAAAGAUACGGGGAACCUUGGCAGAUGUGCAUACCCCUGAUAUGGACUCAUCUUCUGUAUCGCGGCUCCAGUAUGUGGAGUCGCUCAGCGCUUUCAUCCCUUUAUCUACUGCUAGUUCCAAGACGCUCAUGUUCUCAUUCUUAUAACCGCCUUUCUCAAUCCCUUCAUGCAGUCCUUGGAGUACAGAAAGAAGGGCACUCUGGAUGGUAGCUCUGGGAAGAACGGAGCCCUCCAUGUCUCCGUCGUCUCUGAAAAAGCGGAUACAGGCGCUCUCCUG